ACUCAAAAAGAGUGGGAGGGCAAGAGAUAUGACGAUGACUCGUCUUCUAACAAAUUACUAAAUUAACAGAAAUUUGGAUUGAGAAAUUGUGUUCACUAAAAUGGCCACUACAUUCACCCUCAACCCUUCAUCAAACUUCCCCUUCCUCACCAAUUUCAAACCCUCUCCUCUCACCCUCAAAAAACCUUUGUCAAUCAGAUGUUUCAGGCCGCCAGAGAGGGACCCACCACCUCAAGUCCAGAAUUUCUGGGAUUGGCUCUCCAACAAUGGCGUUAUCUCUGCAAAAUGUCCUCUAAAACCUGCCAUUGUUCCAGAAGGUUUGGGUCUAAUAGCCAAAAAAGAUAUAUCCAGAAACGAGGUUGUUUUGCAGGUACCCAAAAAGUUUUGGAUAAACCCAGAUACUGUAGCAGCUUCACAGAUUGGAUCUAUCUGUAAUGGGCUUAAACCUUGGGUUUCUGUUGCUUUGUUUUUGAUUAGAGAAAAGAAGCUUGGAGAUGCUUCUUCUUGGAAGCCUUACAUUGAUAUUUUGCCUGAUUUUACUAAUUCUACUGUUUUCUGGUCAGAAGAGGAGCUCUCUGAACUUCAAGGUAGCCAGCUGCUGAAUACAACAUUGGGUGUGAAGGAAUUAGUAGCAAAUGAAUUUGCAAACCUGAAGGAAGAAAUAAUAGUUCCCAACAAGAGACUUUUCCCUUUUGAUGUAAUGCUAAAUGAUUUCUUCUGGGCAUUUGGAAUCCUACGAUCAAGAGCAUUCACUCGCUUGGAGGGCCAAAGCCUUGUUCUAAUCCCUUUGGCAGACUUGAUCAACCACAGCCCUGAUAUAAUGCAAGAUAAUGCUUGGGAUGUCAGGGGCGCUGGUCUGUUUUCUAGAGAACUCCUAUUCUCCCUGAGGAGUCCCAUCUCAGUGAAGGCUGGCGACCAGAUUAAGAUCCAAUAUGGUUUAAACAAGAGCAAUGCCGAACUAGCCUUGGAUUACGGGUUCAUCGAAUCUCGAUCAGAACGCAAUGCGUACACCCUAACACUGGAGAUACCCGAGUCCGACCCCUUUUUCGGAGAUAAACUAGACAUAGCCGAGUCAAAUGGCAUGGGGAAAACUGCAUACUUUGAUAUUGUUUUGGAUCAGCCUCUUCCAGCAGUCAUGCUCCCAUAUCUUAGACUUCUGGCACUUGGUGGAACCGAUGCGUUUCUGUUGGAAUCUAUAUUCAGGAACUCUAUCUGGGGCCAUCUUGAGCUUCCUGUUAGCCCUACAAAUGAGGAGUUCAUAUGCCAAGUGAUACGUGAUGCUUGUAAAUCUGCUCUUUCUGGUUACACUACCACCAUUGAAGAGGACGAGAAAUUGAUGUUACAAGGUGAUUUGAAUCCACGGCAUGAGAUUGCUAUAGGGAUAAGAUUGGAAGAAAAGAAGGUUUUGCAACAAAUUGAUGCGGUAUUCAAAGAUAGAGAGAUGGAAUUAGCUGGAUUUGAAUACUAUCAAGAGAGGAGGCUCAAGGACCUAGGUCUGGCCGGAGCGCAGGGCGAAAAGCUUCCUUGGAUAGGAGAGGUCUAAUUCUUUUUGUGCUUUGUUCCGAAUGCAGCUGAGGAUCAAGUAUCAUGCAUUCAAUCCUUGAAUCGUAGAUGAAGAGAUGGAAUCUGAUAACAUCACUCGGUAGUACCUAUGGAAUAACAUAAAAUUGAAAUGAUUUCUUAUACCUAUUGUACAUUAGGGUUCUUUUAAUAAUUGAGUUAAUAGUUAAGAAAAAUUGAUACAUGUAUGUGGUAAAAAUUGUUAAAGCUUCGAUCUUUCAAAUUUGCCCCACUUUUCUGAUAAUUUUACGAUCAUUGCUGAAUAUUUUGGUUA